GUUAUUUGGGGAGGAGACUAAUUCGAAACUUAACUGAACUUUAAUGUUUAUCAGAAAGUGCAUGGACAUGACCUGGGAUGUCGUAGACAGCUAGAAUUACACCACUGUGCUGUUCAGUUCUUGAUUCUGAUUGGUCAGAAGGCAAGGCAUUAAUUUAGCAUUAACGAUCAAAUUAUGGAUUCAUUAAUUGGUUAUGACAGCAGAUCUGACAGUAGUGCAGCUGGGAAUCCCAGGAUAUCAAUUCGCUUGUUGUAAUACUUGAUUGUUUCUAUAGCAACAGUUCAUUCAUGGGGUCUUGUACAGUAGCUGCUCCACAUAAACAUGGGCAUUUUUUAUUUAGCAGAGAGAAAUUCUAAUCGAUAUGGUGAAGCUUUGUGUGAGGUGUUUGUUUAACGUUUAUGGAAGGAGUUUCCAGUGUCAGGGGUUUGUAACAGAGCUGUAACUUUAAGCUAGCCGACACCUUCAGGACCGAGGAGUUUACACUUUGCGGUUUCUCCAACAUGACAUUUUUGUUUGUUUUGUUUUUGUUGAACAACAACAUGAUUUGUCGUUCUUUAAUGUAAAUGAAAGUGUAAUAGAAUAGGUUCGUGUUUAAUAAUAAGCAUGUCGCAUGCGGCUAAUGGCUAGCGUUUGAUUUCAGACGCACAAUGGGACUUUACGUUUGAAAUAUAUUUGUGACAGAGUUACUUCCGGUUUCCGGUUGUCUGUAAGUGUUUCUAUUGGGAGCCGCGUUACUUUUUAAAUGUAUUAUUAUGAUUAUUGAAAUGGUAUUAAAGCCAAGACUCGGCCCUGUAUAUAUGGAAAAUGUCCUCUAAAAUGUUUAGUGUUUGUAUUUUAAAAUAAAUAAAUAAAUAAAUGACUGGUUUAUACGGAGGGGACAUCAGCAACGGUCUGGAAAACGUCCCCGUUUGCAUCGAAAAAGACGUGAAUGAGGACAGUUUGCCCAACUUCCAGUACACUCCAGAGAACGUUCAGGGUGUGGGCUGUGAUGUUGACCCGAGUGAAGUGACCCUGCCAGGCUGCUCGUGUCGCUUGGCGUCCUGUGUGCAGCCCAGCUGCCCGUGCCUGCGUUUCGGCUUGGUGUACACCGAGGGAGGUUUACUGGAGCAGCGAGAGGAGCCGGGCGCUUCUUACAGCCAGCCUGUGUUUGAAUGUAAUGCCCUGUGUGCGUGUGGUGAGUCCUGCCGGUCCCGCGUGGUCCAGAACGGCCUGCAAAUCCGCCUCUGUGUUUUCCGAACCGAGAACCGUGGCUGGGGGGUCGUGACCCUGGAAGCCAUCAAACGUGGCAGUUUUGUGUGCGAGUAUGCCGGGGAGGUGAUCGGGUUUGAGGAGGCACGGCGGAGGCAGGUGUCCCAGACUCCCGAGGAUAAGAAUUACAUCAUCGCCGUGCAGGAGCACGGUGGCUCGCAGAGGCUAGGUGUGACGUUUGUGGACCCGGUCGCCGUGGGAAACGUGGGCCGCUUUCUGAACCACUCGUGCCAGCCCAACCUAACCAUGGUGCCCGUGCGCGUGCACUCGGUGGUGCCCAGACUGGCCCUGUUCUCCAGCCGAGACAUAGAAGCGGGCGAGGAACUCGCCUUCGAUUACUCAGGAGGACACGUACAGAGAACUGACGCUUCUGCUGCAGGAGCUCUACAGAGGAAAGUGUGUCUGUGUGGUGCGCAGAACUGCACUGGCUUUUUACCUUUAGACCUUUCUGUCCUGCACUGAGAGUACAGCGGAGAAAUGAUCCCGACAGGUUACUUAUAGUUUAUAAUGCAAUAUUAGCAUCAUGUAGGUCAUGUCUCUCCUGCAUCUAUUGUCUGACAGCACGUCUUAAAGAAACUGUAAUUAUUAAAUGACAGCUGUACUCUGUG